AUGUCCAUGUCAAUCGAGGAGCUGGACGCGACCGUCCGCGCCUUUUAUGAGGGUCGAGGCGACACCCAAAAACAAGCGCAAGCCUCGCUGAACCAGUUCAAAGAGAACCCCGACGCAUGGCUGCUGGUCGAUAAGAUAUUACAAGAUGCCCAGUAUCCGCAGACCAAGUACCUGGGCCUGCAAGUCCUGGACAAUGUGAUCAUGACGAGGUGGAAGGUUCUUCCCAGAGACCAAUGUCAAGGUAUCCGCAACUUCGUCGUCAACUUCAUCAUCCAAACCUCCAGCACCGAGGAGAGCCUCAGGAACCAGCGCACCCUCCUCAACAAGCUGAACCUCGUUCUCGUCUCCAUCCUGAAGCAGGAAUGGCCCCACAACUGGCCCACCUUCAUCAACGAGAUCAUUUCCUCCUGCCACAGCAGCCUUCCCAUCUGCGAAAACAACAUGGUCAUUCUUAGGCUACUGUCGGAAGAGGUCUUCGACUACUCGGCCGACCAGAUGACUUCCUCCAAAACGAAGGAGCUCAAACAGAGCAUGUGCGACGAGUUCACUUCCAUCUAUCAGCUCUGUUCUGAAGUCUUGAGGACCGCCGAGCAGGCUUCCCUGAUCAAAGCCACCCUGGAGACUCUAUUGCGUUUCCUCAAUUGGAUUCCGCUUGGCUACAUUUUCGAGACUCCCCCUAGCGGCAUCAGCCUUAUCGAGACCCUUCGCAGCCGGUUUUUGGAGGUUCCCGAGUUCCGUAACAUUACGCUCAAGUGCUUGACCGAAAUCGCGGGCCUGCACACUGAGCCGGCAUACAACGAGAAGCUUGUCCAAAUGUUCACUGAGACGCUCACCGAAAUUUCCAAGAUCAUUCCGCUUUCGAUGGACCUGAAGAGCACUUACGCGCAGAGCAACAGCAGAGACCAGGAAUUUGUUCAGAACCUGGCCUUGUUCCUGUGUAACUACUUCUCGAUGCAUCUGAGCAUUAUUGAGAAUCUGCCGAACCGCGAUUUCCUGAUUCACGGCCAUUUCUACCUCAUCCGUAUCAGCCAGAUUGAGGAUCGCGAGAUUUUUAAGAUUUGCUUGGAGUACUGGACGAAGCUUGUUUCGGAACUGUACGAUGAGAUGCAGCAGCUCCCGAUCGGCGAUAUCAACCCACUCAUCAACAUGGGCCUCGGCAGCAUGGCGAACGGCGGUGCGCGGGACCCUGCCAUUCUUGCCAACUACCCACUGCGUAAGCACAAGUACGCCGAAGUGCUCUCCAACUUGCGCCAGGUCAUGAUCGAGAAGAUGGUCAGGCCCGAGGAAGUUUUGAUUGUGGAGAACGAUGAGGGUGAAAUCGUCCGCGAAUUCGUCAAGGAGAGUGACACCAUCCAACUCUACAAGUCGACGAGGGAGUGCUUGGUGUUUUUGACGCAUCUGGACGUCAACGAUACUGAGCAGAUCAUGUCCGAGAAGCUCGCCCGACAAGUCGAUGGCUCGGAAUGGUCUUGGGCUAACUGCAACACUCUCUGUUGGGCCAUUGGAUCGAUUUCUGGUGCAAUGAACGAGGAAACUGAGAAGAGAUUCUUGGUUACUGUCAUCAAGGAUCUGCUCGGCCUGACGGAAAUGAAGCGCGGCAAGGACAACAAGGCUGUUGUCGCAUCUAACAUCAUGUACAUUGUCGGCCAAUACCCCAGAUUCCUGAAGGCGCACUGGAAAUUCCUGAAGACUGUCGUCAACAAGCUGUUCGAGUUCAUGCACGAGACUCACGAGGGUGUCCAGGACAUGGCUUGUGAUACUUUCAUCAAGAUCGCCAACAAGUGUAGGCGUCACUUUGUGGCUCUACAGCCUGGAGAGACGGAGCCCUUCAUUGAUGAGAUUGUCCGUAACCUCCGCAAGAUCACCAUGGAUCUCUCGCCUCAGCAAAUCCACACGUUUUACGAGGCCUGCGGUUACAUGAUCAGUGCGCAAGGCCAGAAGAGCAUCCAAGAGCGUCUCAUUCAAGAGCUUAUGUCUCUUCCCAACGCUGCAUGGGACUCCAUCAUCCAGUCAGCAAACACCGAUCCGAGCAUUCUCCAGGACGGCGAGACCAUCAAGAUCAUUGGCAACAUCAUGAAGACGAAUGUCGCUGCUUGCACUUCAAUUGGCAGCUACUUUUAUCCUCAGAUUGGCCGGAUCUAUUUGGAUAUGCUCACCAUGUUCCGCGCAGCCAGUGGCCUGAUCGACGAGGGUGUGCAGCGUGACGGCAACAUUGCAACCAAGAUGCCCAAGGUCCGCGGUCUUCGUACCGUCAAGAAGGAGAUCUUGAAGCUCAUCAACACGUAUGUCGAGAGAGCAGAUGAUCUGGAGAUGGUUCAUAACACGUUGGUCCCCGGCUUGUUGGAGGCCGUGCUCCUCGACUACAAGCGCAACGUACCUGAUGCCCGUGAAGCCGAGGUGCUGAACGUGAUGACCACCAUCAUCAACAAGCUACAUAGCUUGAUGGAGGAUCAAAUCAUGAACAUCAUGGACGCCGUCUUUGAAUGCACCCUGGACAUGAUUAACAAGGAUUUCUCAGAGUACCCUGACCACCGCGUCGAGUUCUUCAAGCUUCUCCGCACCAUCAACCUCCGUUGCUUCCCGGCCCUCCUCAAACUCGAUGCGCGCUCGUUCAAGUUCGUCAUCGACUCAUGCAUGUGGGCGAGUAAGCACGACAACCGUGAGGUUGAGGGUGCUGGUCUCAGCAUGUGCUUUGAACUCAUCUCCAACAUGUCGGAGACGGACCCGGUGACGUGCAAUACCUUCUUCCAGAGUUUCUACACGACGAUCUUGCAAGAUGUGUUUUUCGUGCUCACGGACAACGACCACAAGGCUGGCUUCAAGCACCAGUCGUCGCUGCUUGCCAGGAUGUUCUGGCUCGUUGAGUCGGGCAAGAUCAGCGGGCCAAUCUACACUCCGGAGAUGGCUCCUGCUGGCACUUCGAACCAGGACUUCCUCAAGAACUUCACCGGAAACCUCCUCGCCAACGCCUUCCCCAACCUGCAGACGCUGCAAAUCUCGAACUUCAUCGAUGGGCUGCUUGCGACCAACUCGGACCUGAACCGGUUCAAGCUCAUUCUCCGUGACUUCCUUAUCUCGCUGAAGGAGUUCUCUGGAGACAACGCGGAGCUCUUCGCGGAAGAACGCGAGCAAGCGGCCAAGGCUGCCAAGGACCAGGAGCGCGAGCGUGCGAUGAAGGUGGGUGAGCUGGGUACGGACGCCGCCGUCCGAACACAGUUUGACCGAUCAGAGAGCACGUCGAAUGGGACCAAGGUCCGGCGGGGCAGUGUGGAUCUUGAUGGUAGGCGGGUGCGUUUUUUUCUGCAGCGGGGCGCGGGCGUGGGCUCGCGGACGGGCGCUUCGCGAGAAGACGGGUCUGGUCGCAGCGCAGACUUGGCCACGUUCUCAAGCGGCAGCGGCCAUUGGCUGACUGCAACACCGGCGCGAGGCGUCGCUGCCCUCAGAACGCCAGCCGACAGGAAGUUCGGCAAGCACAUCCAGAAGCGACAGCUCGACUUUCCCGAGUACGCCGCGAGCUUUGUCGAUUACAAGGCCCUCAAGAAGCUCAUCAAGAAGUUGAGCGCCACUCCUGUGAUCUAUGCCCAAAACGAGCCUAGUCAGGGUGAUCCGCAGACCUCUCUCCAGGCCAACAAGGCCACUUUCUUCUUUCGGCUUGAGCGAGAGCUUGAAAAGGUCAACAAGCUUUACCUGCAGAAGGAAGCCGAGUUGAAGUUGCGUCUGAGCACCCUGCUGGAGAAGAAGCGGUCGCUCCAGUCGCAGCCCAUCCCCAUCUCCAAGCUCUCCUCCAAAUACGUCAUCCUGGAGGAGGCCUUCCGUCUUUUCAGCAAUGAUCUCAACAAGCUGCAGCAGUUCGUCGAAAUCAACGCCACUGCCUUCUCCAAAAUCCUCAAGAAGUCCCGUACGAAAGAGCUUUACAUCUCGCGCGCUGUUGAGGUGCAGCCAUGUUUCAACAGAGAGGUCAUCAGCGAUCUCUCCGACCAGGCGACCACCAGCCUCCUGGACUUCGCCGCCUGGGCCGAGGGUGAGCAGAUGCAGUACACCACAUCGGUACCUUCCGAGUUCCCCAACAGGUUACAUGAUGCCGACACCGAUGCCGAUCCUCAAAUCCUGCAGACCAUCACAUCUGGCAAUAUUUCAGGUGUCGAGGAGUGGAUCAGCCGCGUUGUUGUCUUGCCCGAUGCAAGAGAUCGCAUCACCAAGGCAUUCCUUGCUACCGCCUACGAUGCGCCGGAGAGUGCCUUGAAGGUCAUGCUUGACACCAACCUCGUUGAUCUUGAUCAAGGCGACGAUGUCAACGCAAGGAAUUGCCUGCAUAAGGCGGCCAUCUCGGGUCGGUCGCUAGUCCUGAAGAUCGGGCUUGGAGGCAAUGCCGAUGUCAGGGCAUCCGACGUGUACGGCAGGAUUCCUCUCCAUUACGCCUGCAUGCACGGCCAUGUCGGCAUGAUCCAAGACCUUGUCACCACGGCGCCAGAUACGGUCGAUUUCAAGGAUCACGAUGGCUUCACGCCUUUAAUCCACAGCAUUGUCCACAACCACCUUUCUUGCGUCCAGAGCUUGCUCCAACAUAAUGCCCGAAUCGAUCCUACCGGAGAGUCGGAUCACAUUCCCCUCAAUCUUGCCUGCCAACAUGGACUGCAGCCCAUAGUCGAGCUUCUGUUGCAGGCGAAUCCGCAGAUUCUGCCUGAUGCCGAGGGCUUGUAUCCCCAACAUCUGGUGGCACGGUCCGGCAAGAACCCGCGCAUAUGCUUGCUACUUAGAGAUUACGGGGUAAACCUGGACCAGCCUGACAAACUUUACCAGUGGACACCGUUGUUCCAUGCAGCAAGCGAGGGGCAUGUGGUUUGUUUGAAAACACUUUUGGACUGUGGCGUCAGCGUGCAUGUCAAGGAUGAAAAGGGCCUCACAGUAAUGUACUAUGCUACGUGGGAAGGCCAUCUGGAAUGCAUGAAACUACUGGCGACUGUUUCCCAGGAUGCUCCAAUGCCGCCCCCAGCUGUACCGGAGCCUCCGAUGCUCUCUGCUGGUCCUCCGCCAUCCAGCACUCCACAACCUAUGGCAAUGGAAGUGGAUGGGAUUCCCGAUCUAUCUCUGCCUCCUCCCAUCAUCCCCAUCAGGAGAUACGGCCACAACUUCCUUGAGAACAAGACCUUUGUCGUCAUCAACUUCGGCGCUUUGGAUUCAGAGCCUAUACGGUUCUAUGAGGACAGCAAAUAUCCUGCUGCGCGCCUGACCAUCGCAUCGAAAUCCUCGGAUUUGAUCCCGCGAAACAUCACACUCCCGAUGUCAGAAGAAAACAAGGUCAUCUCCUUCCAGGUCGACAAUCUCGACAUUUUCAGCAUCGAUUUCGAUGUCUACCCAACCUUCGGAGCCAAGGUCAUCGCUAGAACUGAAGCUUCGUCCACGGUCUUUAGAAACAGGGAAUCCAGCUCAGGUUUCUGUAAUCUCGGUCUAUUUGACCCAAGACUACGGACAAUCGGCCGUAUCAAAUUCCAGUUCAACAUUGUCACUCCCUUCCCAGGGCCCCCGCUAGAGAUCACUCACUUUGCCACGUACUGGAAAGCUACCAGCCAGCUCGACGAGUCACCAAGCGCUCUGAUUACCGGAUCCAGUUUGUCAGGCGACUACGUGAGGCUCUUCGUACAGAUGACCUGCGACGGUGUGCCAGUCCUGUGCCCGCAAUGGAAGGUGAAGUAUGGCAGGCUUGGCAUACCCGUCUCGCGUUUGACGUCUGAAGAGUUCCUCUAUAUCGGCGCCGAGAACGGCGGUGGAGAGUCUGCGCUGGCUGCUUUGGCGAGCACUCCAGCCCAUGACAUUCCGACCAUUCAUCAGAUUCUCGCAAACUCAUACGUCAGUUUGAAGGACGCCAUCAACCGCUUGCCCGUCGAUGUUCGCAUCGAGCUACACAUACUGUAUCCCAAUCGCGUCGAGGAAGAGACACUGAGGCUCGGGCCCACGCCGAACAUCAAUACUUUCGCAGACACGCUUUUGAACAUUGUGUUCCAUGACGCUCGUAAUCUGCGCGAGCAAGCCGGAGCGGCAGCGAGGUCGAUUGUUUUCUCCAGUUUCAACGCGGACAUGUGUACGGCAUUGAACUGGAAGCAGCCCAACUACCCCGUCCUUCUCGGGAACGAGCUUGGCGCAGACCCGAUCGAAGCUGCAGCCGACCGGCAGAAGGUGCACAGCAGCGGCCGCACAACAAUCUCGGUGAAGGAGGCUGUGCAGGUGGCGCAGAACAACAACUUGAUGGGUCUGAUUUGCAGCUCACGCUUGUUGAAUCUUGCGCCUGCACUCAUCGAGUCGGUAAAGACAGCCGGUCUCGUUCUCAUCACGGAUCUGUCCACACAGCAAUCAUCCUUGCCGGACCAGCCUUCAUCCGAUCGCAUUGAUGGGUACUUUAACCGUGAAGGCGUCCUCCACUUCAACGAAACCAUCGAUAUCUAG